CACCUGUCACCGCUGGCUAUAGGCUGAUCCGGGGUAUUCAGCCUGGUCUGUGACCAUGAGCCGUGGUCGCCAGUCAUCAUGCAACUCGGUAUCUUUCCUACCAUCGGCCUAUCCGUCCGCCGAUCUUCCUGUGUGUGUACCCACCGUGUGGUCUUAGUUCCUUUUCUUCUCGAUGCGUUGCGGCGGCGAUGUAUUUGUUGCAUGUGUGUUGGGAUUGGAAAAAUCGAAGGAUGUAAGAUGGUCAUGCGUUCGUUCGUCGUUACCGCCACCGUAUAGCUUCUGAUCGUUGCUGUCGCCUGAUCUGACCAGGAAGCGGCGGGAGAGGGAUUGUUGUGCAUCCUCUCCGGACAAGCCACAGCAGAAGCUGCGGCCGCGCCGACGGCAGCAGCAGCAGCAGUCUUUCAUGGUUUCCGCGGCCAUGUGUUUCCCGUCUUCCCGAGUCCUGACCAAUGGCCGAAGGAACAUCCAGUCAAGCCGACACCUUCAAUCCAGUUCUGUCUGUCAAUAGAUAUCCAACGUCCUGUCUAGUGGCGGUCGUCCAGAAGAACAGAAAAACGUCAGAAAGGCAACCACACCGACGGUGAGCAACCCGCGGGAAACAACUGCAUGGAGCAACGUGCAUCGAGCAUCGAACACCGAUACACACGGCGUAUAUAUGCAUCCUGACAACUGGGUGGAAUACUGGCUACGACAUAAACACAUUGCCUUCAUUAGACAUCGUUCCACGAGACGAACAGCCAUUACAAGUUGUGCCCCGGCUGGUAGUAGUAGUGCCAAUAGCAGAUCUGUUUGUUUUUUCGAGCACAUGUUUCGACAUAGACAGUGUUAUCAGCUGCAUAGCACACGAGCUACCGGAAGCUAGCAUUGGACCCGCGCUAGAAGAGACCGCUUAGAAAAUAUUACAGUCGUAAUCGGCAUUUAGCUGUUAGGAAAUAUCAAGUCGUCUAGAGGCGGGUAUUGCUGUUCAGUGGCAGUGUGACACGAAAUAGCGCUAAAAAUUACAGUGAUGAUUACUAAAAACUCGGAGCAGACGAGCAUGCGGUUGUCUAUUUAUCGUUCUUACCCCCAUAAUCUAACCUAUAGCAAGAAAUAAAUUCGUACGGUGUCAUCGUGAUACGUUUGUGCACGAACAAGUGAUUUCAUCCGUGAUAAGUGUGAAAAAAAGGAGAAGUGCGCGUGGUGCACGUGAAUCAAUUCUUUUGUAUUCCCGCGUUCGACGACAGAUUUGGGGCAAGAAGGCAGUAUGAGAUAUUUAUAUGGCGGUUCCGAAAUUAAACCUCUGCUAGCAUUAGGUAGACUGAUAUGCAAGUAAAUGCCAAGGAGCUUCCUGCUGUUGCUAUUAACAAAGUCCUUUGCUUUUCAUCAAUGCUUAUGUGGUUUACCUAAGGGUAUGUGUCUGUAUUAAGCGGUCUGCUGGGUUCGGGCCAUUCGAACAGCGUUGAAAUACAACUGCUCCUUCAAAACUCUAACUUAUUCCACCCUCUCUAUUUUGUGUUUCACUCAUCUGGGUCUGUCGUCCACUGAAGGAUAAAACAAAGUAAGUUAAGUGACCAACGGGCGUCGGUAUAAACGUCUAUGCCAUUACGCUAAGAAGUCGACAUUAAUGAUGACGUGCUUCGCAGUUACGCGGGCUGCCGCGUAAAUCUUAAUCGAAGGAACUGAUUGUCGCGACAUGCAGCGAUUCAGUGUGGCACUCUGCCACUCUGAGCUCUGUCAGCUCUGUCUACGCGCACUCUAUCGUUUUCGACUCCGAGCAUGCCGCAUUUUGACGCCCCCAAGGGCGAAUCCUCUCCGAUACCGUUUAUUGACGACGACAGCAACCUACAGUGCGUGAGUGUCGAUCCCGCGGAGCUAGCGACGGCUUCUGACACUCCAACACGACCAAAUCCGCCAUUCCUAGAUGUUCUUAACCAGUCGUCAGCAGUGAGAACGGCCUCGUUACACUGUUUUACGACAACUCAGUCACCAACACAUUUAUACCCGGCGGUAACCCUUACGGGGAGCUCGUACGAUGCGCGCAACGCAGCGACACAGGAAGCCAACGGUCCUGUGGCGACCUAUCUACCUGCAGCAGCAACAACAGUGGCCUCCAAUUGCACUGUGGCAAUGCAAACAGCGACCGCAAGCCCUCCUUUGGGAAAAGCGGAGGCGAUACGAGGUCCUCAUAGUGACACACAGGCUACGACCAGUGGCCACAAGGUGCCCUUACAACGUCAGCCGACAGACGACACUGAUGCGGACGUGCGUGAAUCCCCCGUCGACUUGUUUCGUAAUGGCGCGGCCACCGCCGUCACCCCGGAGCACCCGAGGAAAAAGUUCCUCCGUAAACUCAGCCUAUUUAAGAUGCCUGCCCGAAGGAUGGACUCCCUUACGUCCGAUGAAGAGGCAAAGACGCCUUUACGCAAAGCGAGUAUCCAUUUUACGCGCUCGCUUUUAUCAGGCAAAAGUAGCAACGAAUCGAAUCUUACACAGCAAACGCGUCUGCCGACGUCUGAUUCGGAAUGGGAAGACGAACGUAAAAGGUCGCUGCAGAGGAACGGUGGCGGAGGCGCGCCCGAUUCGCCAGUCGUAGUCGCCGCUGACGUUUCUAGUUCACCGAUGCCUCCUCCACUGCCCAUUGCACAGUCCUCGUUCCAGACCUCGCAUAAGCAGCUGAGCCGCGAGUCGAAAGAUCAGCCAAAAGUGAAUCGAUGCGACUCGUCCGCCGACCAGCAACAAUCGUCGUCUACGAAAAAAGGUGUAAGCAAAAAGCAGAUUGAGGAGUUUCUGGACGAACUGUCUUCCGGCUCAUACCAUUCGGGCGAGCGACCGUCACAAAUACACUAUAACAACAAGGCGACGGGUCGCACCUAUCGAUCGCAGUCGGUCUUUUCGGCAGAUCCAGCCUCGCCCUACUACGUAUCGAAAGGGACUGCUGCUGACAACAAUGAAAAUGUUCGACGAUCGCCCAGUGUCUCGUGCGUGCUCGAGGUUCUUCGAAGGGAGCAAAGAGAAGCCGAACUCAAAGGAAUCGUCAUACCUCCUGGCAUAUCGCUGGCAGCGUUCGAUAAGCCCAAAGUGAGCACGAUUCGACAACACUACUACCCCGAAAGUGGCUGGGGCUGGGUCAUCUGCUCAAUUGCCGUAUUCGUACACUUCCUCAUUUACGGUAUACAUUGGUGCUUCCCCCUACUUAUCCUUCGCAUCAGGAAUCAGUUCAAGUAUAGCGUUGACAUCUUCCCCGCAGUGUGCCUGGGGGCAAUGUCAAUGGCAGUCUCGUUGUUCUGUUCGCCGUGGGUUGUUGGAGUCUGCCGGCGGAAGAGCACCCGUUUGCUCGCUGUUCUCGGAGGCCUCAUAGCCGCGUUGGCCGUCCUCUUCACGUCAUUUGCUUCUCAGUUUCACCAGUUAUUCAUUAGCUACGGAGUGAUCCUGGGAUGCGGAAUUUCAAUGACACGUGAUUGUUCUGUAUUUAUGGUUGGACAAUACUUCAAAAAGCGGCGUGAACUCGUCGAACUUAUUCUCGCCACAGGGACGGGUACAGGCAUCUCAGUAAUGCCCAUCUUUAUCGUCGAGUGCAUUCGCUCGAUUGGUUGGCGGUUGGGUUUACAGGCUCUAACAGGAAUUGUGUUUAGUACGUUCAUCCUUGGUAUCUUCUACAGACCGGCCUCCCUCUAUCAUCCUCAGCGGCGGGCCAUCCUUCACCUAAAAAGCAUGCAAAAAAGGUCAAAAGCAAAGGAUAAAAAUCCGGCUAUUGAAAAGCCGCCUUUUUUUGAUUUUGGCGUACUGAAGUCGCGAACGGUACAAAUUCUGAUCACAGGCACCGCAAUCGCCGCUGUAGGCGUCUCUUCACCUAUGAUUCUCUUUAUCUACCAAGCGGAAGAAGAUGGCCUGUCGCGCUCGUCCUUAUUGUACCUGCAGGUGUUUCUUGGGAUGUCGUUCAUCCUGGGCUCUCUAGCCUUUGGCUGCAUUAUUGUCAACAACCCCGACAGCUGCCACAUAGCCAGACAGUAUCUUUGCCAAGGAGCCUGUGCGUUGCUUGCGGUCUCGAUAUUGCUCUGCACUACAAUACAUGACUACAGUGGCUACCUGACAUUCGUGUGGUGUUAUGGCUCAUUUUACGGGGCGUACCUCUAUUCAUUGAAGAUGUACACACUGGAAAAAGUGCGCGCUCGAAACUUCGCGAAAGCCUGGGGUUUCAUACAGUGCGCACAGGCGAUCCCAGUCCUCAUUGGACCACCAGUUACAGCGUUCCUGAACGAUUACUACGGGGACCGUCGGGGCUUUUUUGUCAGUGCGGGCUGCGCCUUGGCCGGUUCACUAUUUCUCUUCCUGAUCGACGUUCACAAAAGGACACGGUCUUCAUCCGCUGCGAAAACCCUCCUAAAUUCAGGUCAGCUUAAUGGGAAAGACUGUCGCCGAUGCUCGGACGCACCGAACGGCGACAUUGCCAACGGGCUCCAUUCACGAAGAUCUUCGGUACAAGAUUCGAUGGUGAUGUUUCCUCGUCUGCUGCAAAGUCAACGCAGCUUUACGUUCAGCAAUUAUGCCGAUCUGAGAAGACAGGAACUUACUUGUAUUUCAGAGGAGGCAAUCAUGGAUAACCUGUUUGAGGAUCUGAUUGACGAUUGCAUCACUUCGUGCAACAAGGAAGAAAAGUAUCUUAUGUUAUCGGAAUAUGAAAAUAAUUUAAAUAAGGCACAGGCUCAGGAGGUUGAACGGCGUACAAGGAUUGCCCAGGCAACUGCCAGAAGAGCUUCGAUUCAAAAUCCGGUAGUUCCCGUUGGGUACGAUUCUAGCCGGGGAGCAGGUGGAAAUGUGACCUUCUCAUACGAUCAUUGUCCUAACUGCAUGAGACUGGUCCCGACCAACGAAGACCUGAACGGAUCGCCCCCACUACCCAGACGCACUUCGCCAAGAAGGUCUCUCUUUCAUCGACCGUCACAAGCUGCUAUCUGCUCUGUGGACGUCAUCGAGGAGGUCACAUCAUCUAUGUAAACGAACAGUUCCGAACAAUAAUAGGGCAAUCUAUAAUCUUAGUUAUGGAUCAGUCAGAAGAGAAGCCAGGGCGAAAUUUACAGGAAAUUGAUAGCAGCAAGUUAAUCUCGCCCUUGUAAACCCUCAAUUGGAUUGUGCUUAAAUACGUAAGGGAUCCUAUGAGUAUAUAGAUAUAUUAGGAUAUUCGUCAUGGAAUAUUAGUAUUAACAAUUUGUAACAAUAGUAAUGAUUCAGUGGAUAAUGGUGUACAGAACAUUAUUGAUCCUGUUUUGGCCUUAAUUGACAAAUCAAACGAUUUCACUGCUUUAUGGCUAAAAAUGAAGUAGAUAAUAAGAAGUAGGAGAAUGAUUCAUAGCUGCAAGCACUGUCUUCACUGCCAUCUUAUCAGCAACCGUAAAAAAAAACUGCUAGUAUAAAGCUAAGAAAAGCUACUCUAUCGGCAUUGAUUACUCUACAGUCACAUGUGAUGUCUAAAAAUUUGAUGUUGGAAAUAAAAAAUUUACCGAAAGGUAGCACAUCGGCGACCGUCCUAGCCGCGCACGUUUUUCCCAUACGUAAAUGCAGGUGUAUAUAUAAUAAUAUUAUAUUAAAGAUAUCUGUGUACAAAAAAGUACUUACUUUAAAGGCACAUUGGUAUUACGAUAUGGUUCUUGUGAUAAUGGAUAAAUAAGAUAUGACGAGCAAUACUAUCUUGUGAAACAGCCGUUUAGUUGUUGACCCCUCCCGUGACCGACUGUAAAUUAUUAUGAUCGAUAUAAGUUAAUGGCCUUUGUGCCAUGUGCCAUUCGGACAGCUAACUUAACUUUUGACCAUAAAAUUCGCGAAACGAAUUUCAUUAUAACUUAGUUACAAUGCCAUAUAAUUUAUUUGUAAAAUUCUAACCGGAAAUUUAAAUCUAGCCGGGAACUGUUCAGGAGGGCUCGAACGAAGAUCUGCUACACGUGCUGGGUGUACGUUGAAUUGUUUCCGUUGCACCACCCAUGAUACUUAAAGGUGCCACAUACGACUCUUUAGAAACUCAGUAAAUGUUUGUGCCUAGUAAUAAGUAACCAUAAGUUGUAUUCAAGUAGCAUUUGUACAAAACUUGUAUACUUGUAUAUAAGAAAAUUAUGAGAUAAACUUGAAAGCUCCUAAUAAUGAGGUAGAAUAAUAAUAGCACCAGAAGCACAUAACAUUCAGCGUAUAGAAAACGUCAUAUGGUAUCUACCUAGCAGUUUGCUCUAAAGAUCGCAACGUCGAAGGCUUUCUAGAUAUAAGCACAUAUAUAUUCGGGUAUAUAAGAAUACAGACGUCUAGAAUUUUAGAGAUUUGUUUAACUUUGAUCGUGUCGGAAACUUAAGGAAGAACUUUUUAUUUUUUAGAAGCAUUAUUUAUGUGCACGAAUGCCAGUGAAUAUGACUCGCGCCCUCAGCGAGUCGUCGCUACACGUCCCCUGGGUGUUACGAGCCUGAAAAUAAAUUAAAGAUAAUUUAUUACUAGAAACAAGAAAGACCUGUAAGUGUUGUGCAAUGAGAGAGGUAAAGCCAGGAAGCCGGUAACCGUCUGAAAGCUUUCGGUUUAUUGUCAUUGAGACCCCACAACAAUCAGGGACAAUGAUUGUGCCAAAGUUAUUUAUUACUUUUACGUGUCUGUCGAUUUUUAUUGUCUGAGAGUAAUAACAUUUUGUCCUUCUGUGUAAAAGCAAACCUUAUUAAUAUAUAAAUAUCUGUCUGUGAACAUAGACGUAACAAUCAGGUGUAACUGAAUAAGCGCAUGGCUGCAUAUGUAAUUCUACUAAGGAAAAUCAGGAGAAUGUAUAAUGUUAUAUUUUAUAUCAGAGUAUAGCUAUCGUAGGCCAACUUGGCUCUUUCAGAAAGUUCAGUAUUCAGAAGUUCACUCAUACAAGCGCUAUGAAUAGAUAGUCCGCAAGAACGGAAACAACAACGAAGUGCUAUAUAUACACAUAUAUAGAUGUACUACUGAAAGUUCUUUCAGGCUAUGGCAAACCGACGAACUUCGGAGCCAAAAACGACAAGGUCGUAGAAGGUCAAAUUAUAAUUUAGCUAUUGAGAAGGAUUUCAUUGAUUGAAAUUACAGGGAGCUAGGAGCAGCACGUACUCAUUGUAGUUUGUAUUGGUGACGGCUAAGACAGAGCAAAUAAUGUUCCACUAAGUUUAUGUGGAAUCACACAGAAAAAAAUGUAUAAAUCAGAUAAAAAUGAGAGACUUUCAUAGAGAAAAGUUGCACUAAGAUAAGAUUUAACACGGCGAGACAUAAACCAACUAUCGACAAUGUUCCAAUGAACAAAUAUAUAGAUAUAUAUAUAUCUAUAUAUAUGAAAGAUCGACACCAAUUAAACAAUAACCGUAAUAAUCAUUACCAUAAAUAUAAUGACAGGAAGAGGAGGAACAGAGGACAGCUAGGAUAUAUGAAUUUUUAGACGCAAUAUUUUUGGAAUGAGAUUUCGAAUGUUGUCCAAAUGGCAAGCGUUUAUGUACAAGGGGCGUUGAAUUUGACUGAUUUUUGAACGUAUCUGGAUGAUAUAUCAAUUAUAUAUAUACAUAUAUAUAUAUAUAGCCCAUAUUUAAGUAUUUUUUUGUUUUUUUAUGACACAACUUGGGAAGUUAUGAGGCGCUACAGCAGAUAGACCUCUGAAAUUUUCGCCCAUUAUAGAAGUAUCUAUGCAAACAUCCGAACUACCUGUAUUAUAGUAUUUUCACAACGAUAUUCCACGUUAAAAUAAUAUCUCCCGAAACAGCAAAUGACUCCUGGCCAAACGAGGUGGGCAACAAAUGUUUGGUCAUAAUACUUAUCGCCUAUAUUUAUAAUAAUGCAAUUUUCAUGAAUAAUUAAUUAUUCAUACGCUCAUGCCUUUGGUACGUGUUUUUUCGAAAUAUUCUGCACACAAUCGCAAGCGCCUGCUGUUUGAGACGGUCGUGUGUGAUGCUGUCGUGGAGGGAAGAGUGUCCUAAUUGGCGGAGCGAGUACGAGUAAAAUGUGAUACAUUAACAAGUCCUUUCUUACUAUAAACCCUUACUACCACCGUACUUGUUAGCACUAUGAUAUAAAAUUAACGUUUCAGUGGUCAUUAUGACAAAAAUAACUGUUAGACCCAACCAUAACAUUAAACAGCAGAAUUAAACACCCUAAAACCCAGUGCCAGGCAUACUAACGUAACGUAACGGCGUCUAAUAUUAGCAUAUAGCGCCUGAUGGGUUGUCCCAAUGUUUUAUCAAUCAAAGCUAAAGAACCAGACGCGCCAUUAUUUUUUUUUUAUCUAUAGCAGAACGAAUGCGGUAAUGUCUAUUCGGAUCAUUCGUUCAUAUCGAUGGCUAUUGUUGAUUUCUAUUCCGCUGUUUUAUUUCAAUAUGUAUUGUCCGUGCACGUAACCAGGCCGUGAAUUCAUUUCACCUCAUACAAUGUUGUGACUGCUUUACGCUUGAGAAAAAACGUCCUCUACGCAUAGAUGGCGCUCUAUUUUAGGUCAUUUCGAAUAAUCACAUGCGUCUUAUGUCCCUAAUAGGAUAAUCCCCCUAAGGAUAGAAUAAACGCUAGUAGAAGUGGAAGCUCGACGGGCUCGGAAAUGGUUCUAAAUGGUACAUUUAAGUGAACCCCAAAUGUGGGGUCCCAGCACUGAACAGCUUACAGCCCAUACACUACGCAGUAUUACUAAAUAGCAUCUGGGAGAAACAAGAACUUUAGCGAUGGACAAAAAGCAAAACCAACUAAUACAUUACAAUGAAGAAACGCACAUUAUCCCAUAUUGUUUUGGCCCUCAAGUGGCAAGUCACGGUAAAAUUUACCAUAGCGCGAUGUGAGACAUUUGUACAUGUAAGAGACAAAGUUGUUAAAAACGAUUUGGCAAUUGGUCACUCUAGUAUCGUAUUUGUUUUUCGUUAUCUAGCGGAACAGCGGGCUAACAAAGCCCAACAACACAAUAAAUCGUAAAUACGAACUGGCGAUUCUGGCAGCUAAGGAAACAGUAACAAAAUUCACGUAAAGAAAAUACGAGGUUUUGCCAGGCAGUACAGAACCAUAACCGAACUUAUCUAGAGUUGUAUAUGCUGCUGUAUAUAGCAGGUUUCCGCGCGAAGGAAACUUAACUGAUGCAAAGUUAUAGAAAUGUUACAUCAAGAAAGAGAAUGAUAAAGAUGAAGGAAUUUCCUCAGCUCUUUGAGGAAACAAAAACAAAAAGCUUCAAUAGAUUUUGUAUUUGAUAAAUGAUUUGUUUAAAUAACAACGAAAAUAAGAGGAAUAGAAAAAUCCAUUAGUGUACCCGACAAGCAGUAGGUGUCUUCAAUUUAGAGAUAAAUAUACAUUUUUUCUUCAGCUGUAUAAAAUUCCCAAUAUUAUAUUGAAUAUUCGAAGAGCGAGCUUAGAAAAUCGUGUAAAAAAUUCACGAUAAAUCGUCUAGCUUUUUUUUUUCUUUAGUUUCAUCGUUCUUGAGACCUGGGGCGUAGUCUAGAUUUUGCUUCCCGUUAAGGGUAGAACUGUGCGUUAUGAUAUUUCACAAGUUAUUUCUGUAAAAAGUAUCUAUAAUUUUCUAGCAACUUCGUUAGUCAUAUCAGCAAACAUCAUUUCAGAAUCGCUGCAACAUUUUUAUGGUACUUUUGCAAAAACCGCUAACUAGCCACGUACAUAGCUUCAAUGCUAGCUAUGCACGUGCCAAGUCAAAAUGAGUAUAAGACAAUAGGAGACCGCUUCUAAAAUUAAGCACUUAAAAAUAUCA